GUCUACAGAGAGAGAUACAGGAAAGGCACAAAGCUACACAGAGAAACUGUCUCGAAACCCCCCCUGAAAAGAAAACAGCCAGACCCAGGCCCUUCCAACAGUCCAGUCAAAGGCCCAUUCUUACCUUUUCCCCAUAGGCCAAUCCUCCUCCUGUGUCUCAAUGUUUACCUCUGUUUUGCUGGGAUAGAUGCAAGUUCCCUCCUCACAGCACUGGGAGACAGGAGCAGGAUUACUACAAGUUUGAGGCCAGCCUGGUCUACACAAUUCAAAGCCAGUCAGAGCUAAAUAGAGAGAUUCUGUCUUCAAAUGAGUAAUGCUCCCUCGAGACUAGCACCAGGAUCAUGAGCCCCAGCUUUCUGACUCUGCUUUGGGCUCAGCAGUCACCAGCAAGACACUCCAUCCCCUGUCACCCACCAUUCAUGUUCCCAAAUGUAGCGCGUCUUGUCUUCUGUCCCGUGUUCCCUCUCCUCUUGGGUUCAUGUCCUUUUCAAAUCAUGUUGUCUGCUUCUCCCUGAGUUGAGGGGGGCGUCUAGACAGUCACUUUGUCAUGGAGACUCACCAGACCUUCCUGGUCCCACCAGGUAGGACACUGAAGGUGAGUGAGGGCAGAGUUGAGGAUUGCUACCAGGCUGUGGCCAAGUCAAGCUUCUGGCUCCCAAAGUCACCAAACCUUCCUGUCUGGAAGUGAGGCUGGCAGGAGCCAUGCAUGGAUUCCCAGAAUCUCUGGGUCUGGUAGCCUGGGGGCAGGGCCAGGUGCUGGACAAACAGAUCAAAGGUGAGUGAAGCUGGGCCUGCAGAGCUAGACGGCACAUCAUGAGGUGGGUGAGCAACCCAUGGCCUCUUGGGGAGCAAGAGGGAUUAGGCCUGGGCUCUCACAUCCCUCCCCUGCCCACAGGCUGCUGAUCUCUCUGUGCCUGCUGUGGAGCUUGGUGAGCACACUUUUGGCCUCAAAGUGGCCUGAGCCUGUAUUCGGCCGCCUGGUGUCCCCUGGCUUCCCAGGGAAGUAUGCCAACAAUCAGGACCGGUCCUGGAAGCUGGCUGCACCCCCCGGCUACCGUCUGCGCCUCUAUUUCACCCAUUUCAACCUGGAGCUCUCCUACCGCUGCGAGUAUGACUUUGUCAAGUUGAGCUCAGGGACCAAGGUGCUAGCUACACUGUGUGGGCAGGAGACUACAGAUACUGAGCAGGCGCCUGGCAAUGACACCUUCUACUCACUGGGUCCUAACCUGGAGGUCACCUUCCACUCAGACUACUCCAACGAGAAGCCAUUCACAGGAUUUGAGGCCUUCUAUGCGGCAGAGGAUGUGGAUGAAUGCCGAGUGUCCCCGGAAGAAGAAGUCCCUUGUGACCAUUACUGCCACAACUACCUGGGCGGCUACUACUGCUCCUGCAGAGUGGGCUACGUUCUCCACCAGAACAAACACACCUGCUCAGCCCUGUGUUCAGGCCAGGUGUUCACUGAGAGGUCUGGGGAGCUCAGUAGCCCCGAAUACCCACAGCCGUACCCCAAACUCUCCAGCUGCACCUACCACAUCUGCCUGGAGGAGGGCUUCAGUGUCAUCCUGGACUUCGUGGAGUCCUUCGAUGUGGAGAUGCAUCCUGAGGCCCAGUGCCCCUAUGACUCCCUCAAGAUCCAAACAGAGAAGGGGGAAUACGGCCCAUUCUGUGGGAAGGCGUUGCCCCACAGGAUUGAAACGAACAGCAACAGUGUGACCAUCACAUUUGCUACUGAUGAGUCGGGGGCCCACACAGGCUGGAAGAUCCGCUACACCAGCACAGCACAGCCCUGCCCUGAUCCAACGGUGCCACCUAAUGGCUACAUUUCACCCGUGCAAGCCAAGUACAUCCUGAAGGACAGUUUUUCUGUCUUCUGCAAGACUGGCUUUGAGCUUCUACAAGGUCCUGUGCCCCUAAGAUCAUUCACUACUGUCUGCCAGAAAGACGGAUCCUGGGACCGGCCAAUACCAGAGUGCAGCAUUGUUGACUGUGGCCCUCCUGAUGACCUACCCAAUGGCUACAUAGAAUACAUCACAGGCCUUGAAGUGACCACCUACAAAGCUGUCAUUCAGUACAGCUGUGAAGAGAAUUUCUAUACCAUGAGCAGCGAUGGUAAAUAUGUGUGUGAGGCUGAUGGAUUCUGGACGAGCUCCAAAGGAGAAAAAUUCCUCCCGGUUUGCAAGCCUGUUUGUGGGCUGUCUACACUCACUACAAGAGGCCGCAUAAUUGGAGGGCAGUUUGCAAAGCCUGGUGACUUUCCUUGGCAAGUCUUAUUACUGGGCGAAACUAUAGCAGCAGGUGCUCUUUUACAUGACAACUGGGUCCUAACAGCUGCUCAUGCUGUGUAUGGAGUAACAGAGGCAGCAUCCUCCCUGGACAUUCGCAUGGGUAUCCUCAAAAGGCUCUCACCUAAUUACACCCAAGCCUGGCCUGAGGCUGUCUUUAUACACGAAGGUUAUAAUCAUGGUGCUGGUUUUGACAAUGAUAUAGCACUGAUUAAACUCAAGAACAAAGUCACAAUCAAUAGGAGCAUUAUGCCCAUUUGUCUGCUAAGAAAAGCAGCUGCAUCAUUGAGGACAGGCGACACUGGAACUGUGGCUGGCUGGGGGUUAACCCAAAAGGGGUUUCUUGCUAGAAACCUGAUGUCUGUGGACAUACCAAUUGUUGACCAUCAAAAAUGUACUUCUGCUUAUGAAAAGAUCUACCCAGGAGAAAGAGUAACUGGUAACAUGCUCUGUGCUGGCUUAGAAACUGGUGGCAAGGACAGCUGCAGAGGUGACAGUGGAGGGGCAUUAGUGUUUCUAGAUAAUGAAACACAGCAAUGGUUUGUGGGAGGAAUAGUUUCCUGGGGUUCCAUUAAUUGUGGGGAGGCACAACAGUAUGGCAUCUACACAAAAGUCAUAAACUACAUUACCUGGAUCGAGAACAUAAUGAGUAAUUUUUAACUUGCAUGCCUCCAAUUAGUAAAUUCUCAUUUUUACAAGUACCUUGAAAAGCUCUUAGCAGUAAGAGAACCCAAGAAGCAUCAAUGGCCCACCCCAAACCAGAUCAAACUUAUAGGCACUAGCCAAUGUCAACUUUGUUGAGUCUAGUAGGUGUUCAAUACAAUAGCAUUAUCUUUGCCAACCCCAGACACAAACUAUGUCAACUUGUAUUGAUUUUCUACAAUCUACUUAAUAUUUCAUACUUGCUGUUGAUUUUUCUAGUAUGUUAAGACUUAGUCCUAAUGACCUCUCAAAGUGCAGAAUAUCUGAUCACUUCUCUUUUCAAAGGUAAACUGAAAGCUGGUAUGCGAUUUCCCUAUUAAAAUCAGUACCAUAAAACAAUGUGGGUUUUUUUUUUUUUGGGGGGGGGGGGUCCAUUUCCAGAAUACUGGGAUUAUAGGCAGUCUACCAUAUUUCAUCAAAUUAUUGGAUAAAAAUAACAUGGAAUAGUAUUUUACCCCCUCAAAAGGGUGAUUUAACAAUUUGUUUCAAAAGCUCGAACUUUUCCAGAGUCGGUUCUAAAACUUGUAGUGUAGCAGUAAAUCCAACCUUUCUUUUGCUACCAGCUAAAUGCUUAGGUGGAUGUGCCACACCCCACUUUAUCUGGUGUUGGCUAGCAAUCAAACCCAGGCCUUUGGGCAUGUUAACUAGGUAAGCCAACUAAGAUACAUUCUGAACUCCUCACGCCUACCUUUUGAGACAGCCUGCCCCAGGCUGACCUCAAAUUUACUAUUUUGCCUCGGCCUCCCAAUUGCUGGGUAUUAAGUGUAUGCCACUAUAUUUGGACCAUUUUUUUUAAGUGAGCAUGACUUGAGCACAAGUGAGUCAAAUAGAUCACAGAUGGCACAACAGUGUAAAACAACUGUAUUCAGCAGACUCAUUCUCCUAUGUAACAGAAGCAGCAGUAAUUCACUGUAAGUAACUGCUUUUCUCCUAAGAUGCUACCUUAAUCUUAAAAUGUGGCAUUUGAUUGGCUCUUCCAACAAGUUUUUAACAGGGUUUCACUAUGGAGCAACAGCUGGCAUACAACUCAGAUGUGCAUGCCCCAACUUCUGGGAUUAAAGGCAUGUGCCACCACACCCAGCUGGAGACUCACAUUUUUUAAAGGAUGAAAAUGCUGUACUGCAUCUUCCCACGUAAGUCACUGUUUAACUUUCUAGCAUUUUUGUCAUGAAACAGCAAUGUUUUUUUUCCAGUAAGACUCCAGACACUAAACUGUUGGUGGCAAGAAAACUUUUUAUUUAACUGUGGUUCAAAGAUUGUUUUUAAGAAUGAAUGCAUUUUGAUGACCAAAUAGACUUUCAAAAACCAAAUCUUUGCCAAGUAGUUUAUUUCUGAAACUUCAUUUAGGGCAAAUAACUAUCUACAGCUACGUCAUACCAUAAACAUGUUAAAAGGCUACUCAACAUUGAAAGCCUUCUAUGACCAGUAACUCUUUAACAAGUGCAAACAAGGGAUCAAAACCAUGCUAUCGACAAGUAACUUACCCCAGGACUCCUGGACGGCUUGCCAGUUUAGUCUUUGGAGGUCCCCGAAAACCAUUUUAAUGUUACCAUGUUACUGCUGCUGAGUAAUAGUGCAAGUGCUAAAAUGCAAAAUUCAGAUGUACAGGGUUUGGAAAUCAUGCAGAGAAAAAAAUUUACAAUAACUCAAGAUCCCUUUACAGAGGGUACUGAAUAAUGAAACACUGUGUGCAUAACAAGUCUCUAAAGGAUAUAAAAUUUUAAAACACGCAACUUGCAAAAUGACAAACCUAUUUAUCAUAAUAAUCUAUUUAGGUAAGGGCAUUAGGGAAACUAUCAACAAAAAAAUGGUCACAUCUUUCCAGUUAGAAAAGGAGCUCCCCAGUCCUCAGUAGUUACAGGAAAAGUACAAUACACAAGGUAUUAUUAUUGCUUUUACAUUCUUAACAAUGCAUUGUGAGAGCCUAAACUGAUUUUGUGAGCGUAUUUGUUCGUCACUAUAUGGCCCCCACACCCCAGAGGAUAAGAGCCCACCUCACUUAAGACUGCCGGAGAUAGACAACCCACCCUAUUAGUUCUUAAAGCUAUCAGGCUUCUUAAUGAAUUUCAGGCACACGGUUUCUUGGUUUCUUCUACUUCAUCCCUAUUGCAAUUAAUUCCACUUUUCAAAUCCCCAAAUGAAAGAUGCUUAUCAUCCCUUCUUUUCCAUUGAUAAUGCUCUGCUACAAAGCAUUUGAAAACAACCGUUUUGCCCCCCACUCCCAAAUAGUUUUUAGAAAGCACGACUUCCCAAUGGAGGUUUAUACAGCCAGGUCAAUAGAAACCACUCAAAUGCACGGAGGCACUCAGAACAAACUGAAGGGUAACUGCUUACCAUUUUAGGUUCUGUCACCCAGACUUAUGAAAAACUAGAUUAAAAACAAA